CAAGUCUACCUUACUGAAGACAGUUUGAGAAAGCUACCACCAGCACCAUGCCUAUGCUCCUGGGAUACUGGAAUAUCGGCGGUCUGACACACCCCAUCCGCCUGCUCCUGGAAUACACAGACUCAAGUUAUGAGGAGAAGAGAUACACCAUGGGGGACGCUCCUGAUUAUGAUAGAAGCCAAUGGCUGAAUGAGAAGUUCAAGCUGGGCCUGGACUUUCCCAAUCUGCCCUACUUAAUUGAUGGAUCGACCAAGAUCACUCAGAGCAAUGCCAUCCUGCACUACCUUGCCCGCAAGCACAACCUGUGUGGGGAGACAGAGCAGGAGAGGAUUCGUGUCGACAUUGUGGAGAAUCAGGUCAUAGACAACCGCACGCAGUUUAUCAUGCUCUGUACCAAGCCUGACUUUGAGAAGCAGAAGCCAGAGUUCUUGAAGACCAUCCCUGAGAAGAUGAAGCUCUACUCUGAGUUUCUGGGCAAGCGGCCAUGGUUUGCAGGGGACAAGCUCACCUAUGUGGAUUUCCUCGUCUAUGAUGUCCUAGACAUGCACCGUUUAUUUGAGCCCAAAUGCCUGGAUGCCUUCCCCAACCUGAAGGACUACAUGGCCCGCUUUGAGGCCCUGAAGAUCUCUGCCUACAUGAAGACGGGUCGCUACCUUCCAACACCUAUCUUCCCAAAAAUGGCGCACUGGUGUAACAAGUAGACCCCUGCUGUGCUGGCUGUUAUAUGGGGAAGCUGUCUAUGCUAAGGGUCCUCCAGGCCCUGGGGACAGCUGGCCUUCUACACUGCUGCCUCCCUGUUAUCCCCACACCCUUCUCCGGCUUUGUCUCCUCAGUUCUUAACCUAGUCAAACCCAUGCAGUCUUCAUCUCCCUGCUUCCUUUAGUCAACGCCCCUUCUUCAUUUGUGCCCCAACCGACCACACAGUCCUCUUCUGUGAUUUGAUGUCUGCCCUGCACUCUGUUCCUGAGAAUUACCCUCCAGGUCAAUACUGUCUCAAGUUCCUCAGUUGCCGGGCUCCUCAAGGCCCAUCUCAUCUCCAAUAAAGCCUGAAACACA